AUGUUGAACAUCUCUCGUCAAAUUUCUUCAAGUCGCCAACGUUUUCUUCACAUCGAACUCAUGGGGACAGUUGUUGAUUCUUCAAACAAGGAAGGAAGCAAAAGUGUACUUAGUGAAAAGAAGCCAAAGGUUGUGUUUGUUUUAGGAGGUCCAGGCAGUGGUAAGGGCACACAAUGUGCAAAUAUUGUAGAGCACUUCGGGUACACACAUUUAAGUGCUGGAGAUCUUCUUCGGGCAGAAAUAAAAUCGGGUUCCAAAAAUGGGACAAUGAUCCAAAACAUGAUAUCAGAAGGAAUAAUUGUUCCUUCAGAAGUAACAAUUAAACUUCUUGAAAAAGCAAUUAUGGAAAAUGAGAAUGACAAGUUUUUAAUCGAUGGGUUUCCUCGUAAUGAGGAAAAUCGUGCAGCUUUUGAAUCAGUUACUGGAAUUAUACCCGAAUUUGUUCUUUUCUUUGAUUGUUCUGAGGAAGAAAUGGAGAAACGCCUCUUGGGUCGUAACCAGGGGAGAGUAGAUGAUAACAUUGAGACAAUAAGGAAACGAUUUAAGGUUUUUGUUGAUUCUAGUCUUGCGGUUAUCGAGUAUUACAACUCUAAGGGGAAGGUCAAAAAGAUUGAUGCCGGUAAGCCCGUUGGAGAAGUCUUUGAAGCCGUCAAAGCUGCUUUUGCCCCUGCCAAAUAACGUGUUACGUACAAUCUGUGUGUCAGGCUCAGUCCUGAACUGUUAGUUCAGGACUGCGCCUGAUACAUACUUGUAAUUUGGUUGAUGAGCAAUUUACUCAAGAAUCAUGAAGGGUUACUCCAAUUCUAUCAAAGUUGUUAUAUGUAUUACAAUUAGUUUUGAUUUUUAUUAAAAGGAUUACGUUAUGAUUUGUGACAAUAAUAUUUUUAUUAUUAUCGAUUCUUUUAAUACCCAAAGCUAAAUUUCUAG